AAACACACAAGGCAUUAUUUAUUUUCACAAACUGUGCCCUCUAUUAUCCUUCAUUUCCUUUGCCAGAGUUGUAAUUGGUUUUACUAAAGGUAGUUCAACAGCUUACACUACAUUAAUACCACAAGUGGUCCUCUUCUGUUGUCUCCUUGUGUAAGCUUUAGUAAAGUUCUUUAAUUCUCCGUGUGUCUUUCUCGGUUUUCCUAGGCUUGACUCUUUACUUAUCUUGUUGUUAGUUGUCAUAUUUUGCUUCUUCUCGUUUUGUUUGUUCUAACUUUAUUCUGGUCCCUUCCCGCUCUUUUGCAUAGAAGUGGUCUUUCUCAAAUUUCUUUCUGAUUACUUUGAUCUUUUCCUUUUGUCUAGUUCUACUCUGCUCAUUCACCCUGUAUUUGCAAUUUCUAAAAGUUCAAUAUGCUUGGUGAAUAUUGCCUGUCUUGUUGAAUUGAUUUGAGUUUUUUUUCUCAAAAGAAUUUGAUUUUGCUCACAUAUAAGCUUUGAUCUUUAUCAUCAUAUUCCACUAGUCUCUAGUUUCUCAUCUUACCAAUGCCUCCAGCAUAUUUUCCUCUUCGGUGGGAGAGCACUGGAGACCAAUGGUGGUAUGCUUCUCCAAUUGAUUGGGCAGCUGCUAAUGGCCACUAUGACUUGGUCCGGGAGCUGCUUCGCAUUGAUGGCAAUCACCUUAUCAAGCUUACCUCUUUACGCCGAAUUCGAAGACUUGAAACUGUCUGGGAUGAUGAAGUACAGUUUGACGAUGUGGCCAAGUGUCGUUCUAAGGUUGCAAGAAGGCUUCUUGUUGAGUGUGAAUCCAAGAGAGGGAAAAAUUCUCUCAUUGGAGCUGGGUAUGGAGGAUGGCUUAUGUACACUGCUGCCUCAGCUGGAGACUUGGGUUUUGUUCAAGAACUUCUUGAAAGGAACCCUUUACUUGUUUUUGGAGAAGGAGAAUAUGGUGUAACUGAUAUACUCUAUGCAGCAGCCAGGAGUAAGAAUUCUGAGGUUUUCAGGCUUCUUUUUGAUUUUGCAGUCUCCCCAAGGUUUUUGACAGGUAAAGGUGGAGAAAUGGUGGAGCACAUUGGGGAAAUCCCUUCAGUUUACAAGUGGGAGAUGAUGAACAGGGCUGUUCAUGCUGCUGCUAGAGGAGGAAAUUUGAAUGUUUUAAAGGAGCUUCUUGCUGAUUGCUCUGAUAUUUUGGCUUAUAGAGAUGUUCAGGGCUCAACUAUCCUACAUGCUGCAGCUGGGAGAGGGCAAGUUGAGGUAGUUAAGUAUCUAAUAGCAUCCUAUGAUAUCAUCAACUCCACUGAUCAUCAGGGCAAUACAGCAUUUCAUGUAGCAGCAAAUAGGGGCCAAUUAGCCGCAGUUGAAGUUCUAAUUUCUGCGUCUCCUUCAUCCAUCUCUCUGAAAAACAAUUCUGGAGAAACAUUUCUCCAUAAGGCUGUCUCUGGUUUCCAGACAGCUGCGUUUCGAAGACUGGACCGGCAAAUUGAGCUUAUGAAGAAGUUGGUAUACGGGAAGGUUUUCAAUAUGGAAGAUGUCAUCAAUGCCAAAAAUAAUGAUGGAAGGACUGCUUUUCACAUGGCCAUCAUUGGGAAUGUUCACUCUGACCUCGUGCAGCUUCUGAUGACUUCUCCUUCAAUCAAUGUGAAUGUCCAUGAUGUAGAUGGCCUGACACCACUUGAUUACCUUAGACAACAGCCACGUUCUGCAUCAUCCGAUAUGCUGAUUAGGCAGUUAAUUUCAGCUGGGGGAAUAUUUGGCUCUCAGGAUUAUACUGCAAGAAGAGCCAUUGCUUCUCGCAUAAAGAUGCAAGGUAAUGGUGGCAGUCCGGGAACUUCGUUUAGAAUCUCUGACACAGAAAUAUUCUUGUAUACGGGCCUUGAGAAUUCAUCAGAUGCAACUGCUGAUCAAGGUAGUGCAGUAAUGAGUUCAUCUACAAGUGAACUUGGUCCAUAUGACUCAACCAAUGAGAACAAUAAGGGACUAACUAGCAAGAAACCAGGCUCCAUGAAUAGUGCAGCACAACGAUUAAAAGCUGUCCUUCCAUGGCCCCGGAUGAAAGAAAAGAAAACUGAGAGAUCCAAAAAAUCAAUUGAUGAGGGUUCUGUUGAAUCAUAUAAGAAAUGCAACAGUUCAGAUGAAGCUCCAACUCCUCUUCGAGAGAGAUUUUCAAAGCCUUCAUCACUUCCGAACAACAAACGGACACUUUCUGUCAGGAGCAACCAAUCAAGUCCAUCUGCGAAGAAAAGAUUUGCUUCAGGGCUAGUACAUGGUGUUAUGCAGGCCGUGCCUCAUAUUUCUGUGCCACACCGUUCUCGUUCAAGUUCAUUUUCAAAAUCAUCACUUUCUUCACCUAAUUCAGUAGAUAAACAAAAAGGUAUUUUUAUUGAAGAUGAUGUGGCAGGACCAUCUUCCUCCAAUCAACUAUUUGAUGAUGAAACACCAAAUUUGACCAAACAAGGCUCCAGUCAUAGAAGGUCGAGGAGCCAAUAUUUCUGUUUUGGUGCAUCAGGUCUAUCUGUGAAAACCCCAAUAAGCAGGCAGCGACAUGGUCAGAGUUGUCCUGUAGUUUCAGUAGCUUGAUUCACUUGAUGUGAACACUUGGGUAUUGAAAUGAUACAGGCCCCUCAAAUGCAGAAAGGAAGUAACAACUACUUGAAACCAUGCCAACAAAAAAGAAAUGCACUGACUUAGAAGAAGGAUCAGACCAGUCCUCUAGCUGGUUCCUGAAGUUUAGAAAUUAUUAGCAUGUUUCCUUUGUUUAUGUCAUUGUAGCAUGUUUGCUUGUUCAAUAUGUAGAAGUUAUGUACUUGUUCUUCAAUACUGGCUCCAGAAUUAUGCUUCAUGCUGUAUUGGAGCUGAUUAGCAGAAUAAAAAAUGUAAUAUUCUGUAUUA